ACACGCACAGAGAGAGAGAGAGAGAGAGGGAGGGGGAGCGCGAGAGACAGACAGACAGCGAGUGAGGGGAGAGAGAGAGGAAGAGAAGAUCACGUCGUGAGUAGCGAGAUAUGGUAAGGAAGACGUAAUGGUAAAUAGCAAAUAUCACAAAACUGCUGCGGACAAGCUGGAGGAAAAGAAGAAAAGAAGUCUGACCGAUAAAAUGAAGAGCGCGCAAGAGAGAUCUCGACACUUGGGCACUGGUUACUAGUAAUGUAUUUUGAUCGAAACAUUGGAAAGAGCGAAGACAACUGUCGCAGCUUUUCGGAUACAGCCAUAACCACAAUUCUCACUAUGGAUACUAUGAAUGUUAUCAUGUGAAGCAGGUUUUAUGAAAUGGCAUAUUUUUAAAGUUAAAUCCUUCUUAGCCUAUACAUAUUCUUAACUGUGCCCAAUCGAUUCAUUUUUUUUUUUUUUUUUGUAAUUAAUGGAUGGGCUCGCUCGGUCGAGGCUCCAGUUGAACGAGCCCCGCUAACAUUCGGUGACUACCGGAGAGUGGUUACGGGAGAGUUCUGACUAACAGGUGACGCUGGCAGCAGCAAUACCAGCCCCAGCGGUAUGUAUAGGCUACUUCGGCAAUAAGCGACUGGUAAAAGCAAUAAACUCCGCCAUAUACGAGUGAACUAUUCAGCCAUGAAUGAUGCGGCAAGUAACUUCAGGGGAGGCAUCGCGGGCGACUGUCUCCCGGAAUCUGCCGCGCGGAUAUUUAAUUUACUUUUUUAAUGCUGAAUAUCAGCACACUAACUAUAGGGCCCUACUGAACUUCAGUUAUUCUUGGAUUGGGGUUUGACGUAAUAACAGUAAUUUUAGAACUAAUUUUUAUUAUUAUUAUUAUUAUUAUUUUUCUUCAGAAAAGAUAAUCGCUAUUUGCACAUGCACUGUGAUGUGUCCCUUAUGUUUAUAAUUCUUUUUUUUUUGCGUGCGUGCAUUUGAAAUGGUCUCGCGCAACAUUAUCGUUGGCUGAAAUGAGACCAUGAUAAAAAAUAGACAUUUGUUUUUACUGAAACAGUAUACAGCCAAAGCACAACUUUAACAUCCUUACUAAUUUAGGCUACUUUAUGCAAGGCCAUUUCCUUGUUGUAAGUCGUCUUUAGACUAUUUCCAAUGAUGGAGACACCACCUUGCUCCAAGAAGAGCUUGUCUCUCUCGCUGCCCGUUCCCCGAGAAGGACAUGCGACCCUCAGGCCCCCGCAGCACCUUUGGAGGCAGCCGCGGACCCCCAUCAGAAUUAAACACCGCGGAUAUUCGGACACUGACCGGCAUCACCAUCACCAUCGGCAGAUCGAGCGCUCCAACGCCGUGGACACGAGCGACCGACCAGGACUGAAAAAGUCUCGCAUGUCUUGGCCCGCUUCCUUCCAAGGAACGAGCAGCACGUGCGGCGGUAACUGUGCGUCAAACAAACGGUCUGAUGUGGAGAACGGCUCGUCUCUGGCCGCUCCUGAUCAGCAGCCCAGUCCCGGGGCGAUGCUGCACCCCUCCUUCCCCCAAAGCCAGCGCCGCGAGUCCUUCCUGUACCGCUCCGACUCGGACUACGACAUGUCCCCCAAGACCGCGUCCCGCAACUCGUCCGUCAGCAGCGAUGCGCACCCUGAGGAUCUCAUUGUGACCCCGUUUGCUCAGGUGUUGGCCAGUCUGCGCACUGUAAGAAGUAACUUCACCAUCCUCGUCAACGUCACCACGCCCGCCGACAAGAGGUCGCCACUGGGAGGUCAACAUACAGUGCCCAAAGCAACACUUUCAGAGGACACGUAUGAGCAGCUGGCUCGGGAGACCCUGGAGGAGCUGGACUGGUGCCUGGAGCAGCUGGGGACCAUCCAGCCCCACCGCUCUGUCAGCGACAUGGCCUCCACCAAGUUUAAGAGGAUGUUAAAUCGGGAGCUCUCUCACCUGUCUGAGAUGAGUCGCUCUGGAAACCAGGUGUCAGAGUACAUCUCCAGCACCUUCCUCGAUAAGCAGAACGAGGUGGAGAUCCCCUCCCCUACGCAGAGAGAGCGGGAGAAGCCCACGAGUCACAUCAGCAGCGUGAGGAAGCUCACCUGCCCCAGCCUCACCCACAGCUCCAGCCUCACCUGCCCCACCUGCCCCAGCCUCGCCUGCUCCUCUGUCCCACGCUUCGGAGUGCCCACGGACCAGGAGGAGGAGCUGGGCAGGGAACUGGACGACUUGAACAAAUGGGGCCUCAAUAUCUUCCACAUCGCGGAGUUCUCAAACAACAGACCGCUCAGCUGCAUCAUGUUCGCCAUAUUCCAGGAGAGGGAUCUGUUGAAGACGUUCCAGAUUCCGGUGGACGCGUUCAUGACAUUUGUGAUGACCCUCGAGGAUCAUUACCAUAGCAACGUGGCCUACCACAACAGUCUGCAUGCUGCUGAUGUCACACAGUCCACACACGUGCUGCUGUCCACUCCAGCCCUUAACGAUGUCUUCUCUGAGCUGGAGAUUCUAGCUGCUCUGUUUGCUGCAGCUGUUCAUGAUGUGGAUCACCCAGGAGUUUCUAACCAGUUCCUCAUUAAUACCAACUCAGAGCUGGCGCUGAUGUACAACGACGAGUCGGUCCUGGAGAACCACCACCUGGCCAUCGGGUUCAAGCUCCUGCAGCAGGAGAACUGCGACAUCUUCAAGAACCUCAGCAAGAGACAGAGACAGAGCCUGCGCAGAAUGGUCAUCGACAUGGUGUUGGCCACCGAUAUGUCCAAACACAUGAGCCUGCUGGCUGACCUGAAGACGAUGGUGGAGACGAAGAAAGUGACCAGUUCGGGAGUGCUGCUGCUCGACCACCACACUGACCGAAUACAGGUGCUGAGGAACAUGGUGCACUGUGCGGACCUGAGUAACCCCACCAAGCCGCUGGCCGUGUACCGGCAGUGGACUGAGCGCAUCAUGCAGGAGUUCUUCCGGCAGGGCGACCGAGAGAGAGAGAGAGGCAUGGAGAUCAGCCCCAUGUGCGACAAGCACACCGCGUCUGUGGAGAAGAGCCAGGUGGGCUUCAUUGACUACAUCGUUCACCCCCUGUGGGAGACGUGGGGAGACCUGGUGCACCCCGACGCUCAGGACAUCCUGGAGACGCUGGAGGAGAACCGGGACUGGUACCAGAAUGCCGUCCCCCAGAGCCCCUCCCCCAGCCCCUCCCCCUUGCACAGCUUCCAUUUCCAGCUCACCCUGGAGGACGAGGGGGAGGGGGAGGGGCAGCUCCGCCUCGCUGGGGACGGGACGGGUCCCGCCGUCAGGGAGAACAGACACUCCGAUGCAAGUCCUGAGGAAGAGGAGGAGUCUUCCUCACCUGCUGAGUACACGUGAGGAAGGGCCCCCACACUUCAUCCCUGUCGGGGGGCGCGCGUUUGCGUGCCUGUGUACCCCACUGGGGGUGAAGGGCAGUUGGGUGGGGGAGGGAGGGCCCGGGGGGUGGGGGGUGGGAGGUAGGUAACUAUUUAAACAAAUGCAGCAAUUACAGCACCACCCACCCCCCUCCGCCCCUCCAACACAAGCACACACUCACUGACAUAUUAAAACUAAAACCACUGAAGACAUUUAUAGAUGUUCUGAUCUAUUGGUUUUUUUUUUUUAAAAAAGGGAAGAAAAAUAAUAGCGAUAGAUGUUCUAUACACAGAAACUGUAGAAAUAAUAUUGAUAGCAAAAUUGUUAUUUACACAGAAACUGUAGACUUGGACUGGGCUUCUGCUAGUGGUAUGAGGAACUGUGGAUAAAACUAACUUGAGAAGAAACCGAUUUUAAUGGGACCUGAAAGAAGACUUUAAAGGUAUACUAUGCAGGUUUUUUUAAAGCUUGCUGUGGUCCUGUGUUUACAAUCAAUGUCUGGCAAACCUAGCUGGAUAGCUAGGUAAUGUUUCUUACAGGUUUCUUACAGAAAACCAGCCAACUUCGCAUGGAUUUUCAUCCCCUUGGUGAACUUCAGCUGAUGCCACAGAGAAAAACAAGUCCAAGGUUAAUUCUAGUCCUCGUUGGCUUGUCUUUUUUCUUUCCUGUAUCCUGGGGCCAUUUCCUGUUUCCCGGGGCCAUUGCAGUGGCUAGCUAGGUGGCAACAAACACUCCACUGAAAAAAAAAAAACAGAAACAAAAGGGGCAGGCACGGUGGCAUAGUGGUUAGCACUGUUGCCUCGCAAGAAAGAGGUUCGGGGUUCGAAUCCGGGUCCGACCGGAUCCUCUCUCCGAGUACUCCGGUUUCCUCCCACACUCAAAGACAUGCAUGUUAGGUGUGCUCCUGCAGUUGCCCUUGACCAAGGCACUGGCCUCAGAACUGGAGUUGGUCCCCGGGCGCUGCACUGUGGCUGCCCACUGCUCCUAAAUGACUAGGAUGGGUCAAAAUGCAGAGGACAAAUUAUCCCACGGGGUUCAAUAAAAGUAUAUCUUAAAUCUGAUCCCAAACCACAGGCUCUGUAGCCACAUCCACCCCUCCCCACACAGAAAUGAGCGCCAGGCCCAGAAACGUCCUGAACACAUUUCAGGAUAACAAAUACAGGUAAAAGGUGCACGAAUUCGGCCAAAGUGCACCACGGAUAUACCUUAGCAUGGUUAUUUUUUAUCAUAUUUAUCAUCAAGGUGAAAAUCCUGCAUAGUAUGCCUUUAAGACACAUGCAUAUUGCACACACUGCCACAAACUGAAAUGAAUGCAAAAAUAAGGUGUGAAUGGACUCUCCCCAGUACAGUGAAGCUCAGUGCAGUCGAUCAGGUACUGCCUUAAACAAUAAUUGGUUACUGCUCACACGGUGUCUUCUAUGAGGGCGAAUCACUGCUCCCAGAUAUGGAGCAGAAACCUUUCUUUCUUUGUGUACCUGAAGAAAUUCUCUCAAGUGUUGCCCAAACUUUCCCAUGAACACACAGGCCAUGCACACACAGCUGUGUGUGUGCGUGUGCAUGUGUGUGUGUGUGUGUGUGUUUGUGUUUGUGUCUGGUCUAGCGUGAGUACAUUAAUGUGUAUUUGGGAGUAUUUGGAUGGGACCGACUGGGAUAAAGCCAUCUCUAUCUGAGUUUAUAUAAAUGAAUAUUAAUAAUAAUUAAUGUUGAUCUGCAUCUUUACCAGGAUCUGGGUUCCUACUUGCCACUUUUCUCCCGUAGUGGAGAAGAGGAAUGGUGUAGUAGGAGGGCCUACUGGCCCCAGGCUCUUUCCCUUUAUGGAGUAUGGCCAAUGGAGGGUGGCCACGCCCAUGUCCUUUUAUGGAGUGUGGCCACGCCCCUUUACUUUUUAUGGAGCGUGGCCAGUGCAUGGUGGCCCCGCCCCUUUCCCUUUACGGAGUGCGGCCAGUGGAAGGUUGGCCGCGUGCCUUUUCUGAACUGCCAGCGUCCUACUUCGAGGAGCUGCAGCGAAAGCAAUGCAUUGUGGGAACGGGAGUGCCCGUCACUUCCUGAGCCCCCACAUCAGCUGUUUACGACAAAGGUUUCACGUGUUUGCUGACGUGUCCGUGUUGUGGUGACGUGUUACCGCCCUGUGUGCGUGGGUCGGGUGGCUCGCCUGUGGCUCCAUCGUCUUCAUCACUCCCGCUCCUUCUCUGUCACGUGUGCCCCGAUCACAGACUGGGACCUGCUGCCAGGAGGAUAGGGUGAGAGAGGACGCGUGUGGGACAGGGUCAUAGAGGCACUCGGGAUUUUUACCGUCUCUCUCUCCGACUUCAAAGUGUUUUUAGCCUUAGUGUCAAAGACAGGGUUCCUAACUGCCACUGUUUCAUAUAAUGCAAAUGUAUGUGUGCAGCACACAUAUAUAUAAUUUGCAGUGUGUGUAUAGCACAUGUGUCCCUUUCUGUGUGUUUAGCAUUUAUAUCUCUCUUUGUAGUAUGUGUGUGCCACUUAUAUGCCUGUCUCAAUGCAUCUGCUGCCUAUUUGCGCAUGAGGGUGAACAUGUACGUGAGAGAGAGAAAGAGACAGACAGACAGAGAGAGAAAGAGAGUAAGAAAGAGAGAAAAUGUGUGUGUGCUUGUGCGUGCAUGCAUACAUGCAUGCAUAUGUGUGUGUGCGCAUAGUUGAUUCAUGCACACUGAACUGUAUGAUUCCUUGUUCAGUCAGAUUUUCGUUAAGAGGCUUUAGAUCAGGAGUCUCAAACUCCAGUCCUGGAAUGCCACAGUCUGCUGACUUUUGUGCUGUCCUGUCAGUCAUCCAGGAAAUGAGGAGUGCAGACUCUUUAGCCAAUCAGUGACUUAAAUAAGCACUUAAAGACCUGCAGACACAGUGGACCUUCAGGAUUUGAGUUUGAGAUCCCUGUAUUUUGAUGGUUUGAUGUUUAGCUUCCCUGCAAGCAAAAAAACUGCUCAGUCAAAACUGAGUUCAGUCAGUACUGUAGAUCAGCUAAUCUGAUUGGUUUGUGGAUGAGCAAAUGUGAUGACAGGUGGAAUCAGUUAAUCUGAGUGCUCCAUUCCCCGUCUACAUGUACCUUUGUAAUUUAGGAAAUGUUGCUAAGUGCUUUUAUGUUUAUUUCCAUUUAUGAUGGAGCUAUAAAAAAAACAGAUAUUGCCAUUUUAACACAAAUACUGUAGAAAGUGUUUCUUUUUAAUAAAUAGCAUAAUCGCUGCCAGUUUAAAGUGAUGAAUAGAACAUCACAAUAAUGUCACAAUGUAUGUGAGAGAUACAUAUUAUUUGCACAGUUUUACUACGAUUUUGCUUAUUCGUGUUUGUUUGUUUAUAUAUAUAUAUAUGUUGAAUUUUGAAGAGCUUGUUCUGCCACUUCCUCUUUAUACUUCUGUUUCCUUGCUUGGUGACAGGGGGUUCGUCUGCACAGUGAACCACUCACACAGUGGUGGUUAACCGUCCCCAGUUAUGCAUAAAAAUGGCUCAGUCAUACAUGAAUCCUGAAUACUUUUGUGAGCUAGAUGUUGCUGUGGAGAUCUGCGGUAUCAACUCCGCUAAACAGACUAUCGAUACAUAAUGUAUGGCUUGCUGACUACGUUUGCUGACUAACUUUGCUAAGAUCAGCUGGCUAGCCAGUUAACAUUAACAUAACACAAAUGACUGUAACAAAUGAAUUAGCUCACUGCCUAACAUCGCUGUCAGAACAGAGAGGAUUUUUUUCUAGCUAAUAUUGAUGUCAUGAUGCAGGUUAUUCUUACCAGCUUUUUAAAAAAUAUUAUAGAAUCUAAUAAACAGUAUAGACACUUCCACAUCACAGGGUAUUCCGUCCAGUUCUGGAUGCUGAACUGUAGGGACGUAGAAGUUCUUGGAAAAACAAUGUCCUGUUCUAAUGUUCUUAUAGUAUGUUCAAAACCUGUGGGUAAUUUUGUGCAGGGCCUUUGUUCUGUUAAAUAUUGAUAUACCUCCUUUAUUUCUACAGGUUACGCCUAAAACAAUGGAUAAAUCAGCUCUUGUACAAAGUUGAUGGUGUGAAAUUUUGAAUGAAUGGAAUGAAUAUUGAUGAUGUAUAUAUCUGACAUCUGAUUUGCCGAGUGGUCCGUCACAUGUACUGGUCUUCUGCUCUGAUUGGCCGGGUGGGUCUGGCACAUGUGACUGUCAUGCGUACUGUCAUGUUGCACAGAUUAAUCGCAUAAUAGGGACUGCAAUGGAAGGAACCUCUGUGAAGCAUAUAUAUAUACAUCACACCAAUAUGGAUUUCUUCUUGCACUCCCUUAAAAAAUAUCCAUUCAUGAAGAAUGGUGUUAGUGUCAAGACCUCUGUCAACCCCACGGCCUUUGUCUCUCUGUUUCUGUGCUUCUCUCCUAGUGCCGUCCGUAGCUGAUUGGUUGAUAGCGCGCAUAUACUUCUGUAAAGGUGUAUAUUUAAAUUGUUUGACUGAACUGUGUGUAUCAGCACUUUAUCCUGUCUGUACUGUGAGGUGAAGACAGGGGGUAUGUGUUAUUUGGGCAGGGAGGGUAAUGGGAUGGGUGGGAGGGAGUGAUGUAAAAGGGACAUUCUUAUUAUCAGUCCACUUUCUUACGUGCCAUCCUGCUGCUUUCAAACCUCACCCAGUCACUCCGUGGAAAAUACAGUCUUCUAUAUCACCAUGCUAUGGUACAUACAUGCGCAAUGUUAUGUGUAUUCUUUGUUGGCACGGCCCUAGGGGUGUCAGAUUUGAGUGAGGCUCAGUGCGGUUGUGAGAAUCUAGAAAGGAGUGGAUUCACACACCCCUCACCUCCUUCACCUUUGUUCUUAGGGUUAUGUUUCCCUUUUCUUUUUUUUUUUUUACCAAUUCAUCACAAGUCUUCAGCGUUUUUGAACCUUUAAAUCACCUAAAGUGAUGAAAUUACCUGAAACUUCAGUCUUUCUCUCAGAACAGUGGGGUUUUUACUCCUGGUCCAUGUUUCACAAGUUAUUGUAAUUAUUGUAACCGUGAAAAAACACAAUAAAAUUGAUUGUAAUAUUUGUA